GAUACUUUUAUAUUUAAGUGAAGAAACACGAGAAGCUGGUUAAGAAUAUUUUUCGACAAACUAUCAAGUUUUUUCAAUAUUUUUUUCAGAUUUUUCACCACUGUAAUGUGGCAUUUGAUAGCACUUUUUUUCAUAGCAGUGAUCAUUUGGCAUGUUGUUUACUGCAAUUUUUCCUCCAAGGGGUGGAACAUUAAUAAAUUUCCGGGCCCGACAUACAUCCCGCUGGUUGGAUCCAUGUUAGUUUUUGGGGAUAUGCAAAAUUUUUUUGAUCAUAAGAAGAUGAGGUUUCCGCAAGGAACGAGCCGAAUCUGGUUGGGCUUCACACCGAUAAUUAUAACGACGGAUUGUGACGUGAUUCAGGAAAUAUUGACGUCACCGGCGUGUUUUGACCUUGCUGACGAAGUAUUUACCCCUUUACAACACACCGUCACGGAGGAGUCUAUCAUUAUAUCGUCAAAUAAAGAUGACAAGUGGAAGAAUCAGAGGAAAAUAUUAUCUCCCGGAUUAAGUGCGAGCAUGCAUCCCGAAUUUCUCACCGCGUUCCACACCCACCUCCCAAACUUGAUGGAAGUGCUGGAGGAGAAGUGCAAAAUUGGAGGAGAGUUCAAUCCAGACAAUCUUUUUGGCAAGUUUGCCAUGGGUGUGGCGUUCGAGACAAUCCUCGACUGCAGCGUUCCCUUAAACUUUUUUCAGCACGAUCUUGCCCUUCAGUACGAAAUGUUUGUAAAUGGGACAUAUGCCGCUUUUCAACCCGCACUCCAACCGAAAUUUCAAAUCCCUUUAAUGUGGAAGUUUUUCGGAUAUGGGUCCGAGGUCCAGAAACUUUUCGACUUUAUGGAAAUAUAUUUCCCAAAAAUGUUUCUCAAAGAGAAGAUGUCCGAGUGGAAAGGAUACGAAAAAAAUGGCGCACUUCCGAAGAGGAUGAAGUAUGCGAACCUCCUGUAUAAAAAAUGGACAGAGGAGAAACUUGUGACUUGUCAAUUGAGCACGAUUCUGGCUGCGACCGUCGAUUCCACCGAUUCGGUCUUGUGUGUAGCUCUGAUUCAUCUCGCAAAGUUUAAAGAGGUUCAGACGAACGCGUAUUUGGAGGCGAGACGCGUGAUUGGCCAAGAUUACGAUAACGCCUUAAGCAUUGCGGAUAUCGAUAAGCUGAAAUAUAUCGACAUGGUUAUCAAAGAAUCGAUGAGGCGAAUCACACCAACACCAGUGAUCGCGAGGAAGGUCGGGAAGGACCUAAAUUUGGGAAAUGGGCUCAUGAUUCCAAAAAAUACGACCGUUUUCAUCCCACUCCAUUUACUGCAUCACAAUCCAGAACACUAUCCCGACCCGGAUGCCUUCAUUCCGGAGAGAUUUCUACCCGAACAUGUGGAACAGCGACACCACUACGCAUACCAACCGUUCAGUAGUGGACCAAGGAACUGUAUUGGAAAAAAGUAUGCCAUGAUGGAGCUAAAGUUUGUUUUGGCGAAAUUACUCUACAAAUUCGAGGUGACUUCCACCAUGAAAAAUAUGGACGACUUAAACCUCGAGUACACUCCGUUCACCAAGAUUCGUGGCGACUUCAGGGUUGGAUUACGGGAACGACGCCACACUUAAGUAAAAUUCGCACCAUAAAUAUUUGCUAUGGAUAAGAAAAAUUUAACGAAUAUUGUAAAAUUAUGCUUAAACGAGAUGAAUAAAUUGUCGGAAUUAA